AAUACAAAACAAAACAAAUAAAAGUAAAAAUCUUAAUACCGAAAGCACUUAGGUCAUAUUACCUUUCUUCUUCUUCGCCUCACUUCGUUCUACUGCCUCCGAGGUUGUUUGUCGGUCAUCCUCCACAACAAUGGCUAACGAGGUUGAAAACAUACACCUACACGAAACUCAACAAAAACAAGUUGAAGAACUAAACAAACAAAAAGAUGAAUUAGAAGAUGAUGAAGAAGAAGAAGAUGUAUCAUAUUCUUCUGAUUCGGAAAUCGAUGACGCUUUGGAUUGGUUGGAUUCAAAGGACGAUUUAGAUGGUUCGUUCUCUUCUUCCCUUUGGCGCCCCAAUGCUCAUGGCGGCCACCAUUCUCAUUCUUCCACCCUACAACCUCUCUCAAAUCGAAACCAAAAGUUCACUCAUCAUAUUCGAGCUUCCCCUUUGGAGGAGUGGGAAGGAAGAACGAAUAUUGCCAUGUCGAACACUGUGACAACAGCAAUUCGUGGAAGUGUGAGGGACAUGGCUAUUGGUAAAACUAAAACUACUGAGAAGGCAGACCGAGCCACUGUUGAGCAGGCAAUUGAUCCCAGAACGCGCAUGCUUUUAUUCAAGAUGCUGAACAGAGGUGUGUUUCAUGAUAUCAAUGGAUGCAUUUCAACUGGAAAGGAAGCAAAUGUUUAUCAUGCCACCAAAUCCAAUGGUCAAGAACUUGCAAUUAAAAUAUACAAGACAUCUGUUUUGGUAUUUAAGGAUAGAGAUAGAUACGUGCAAGGAGAUUACCGGUUUAGAAAUGGGUACUGCAGGCAUAAUCCCAGAAAAAUGGUAAAAACAUGGGCAGAAAAGGAAAUGAGGAAUCUUAUGAGGUUAAAGGCAGAAGGAAUUAGGUGCCCUACUCCAUAUCUUCUGAGGCUACAUGUUCUGGUUAUGGAAUUUAUUGGAAAGGCUGGUUGGGCCGCCCCUCGUCUCAAAGAUGCAGAUUUAUCUUUAGACAAGUUACGGGAAGGUUAUGUUGAGAUAAUUAUUGCAAUGCGGAGAUUAUAUCAGAAAUGCAAAUUGGUGCAUGGUGACCUCAGUGAAUAUAAUAUACUUUAUUAUGAGGGUCACUUGUAUAUUAUUGAUGUUUCUCAAGCGGUUGACCCUGACCAUCCUCAUGCUCUUGAUUUUCUGCGUGAAGACUGUAUUCACGUAUCCGAUUUCUUUAAAAAACAUGGUGUAGGUGUCAUGACAAUAAGAGAACUGUUUGAUUUUAUUGUUGAUCCAUCCAUUGCUGAUGAUGCUGUGGACAGUUAUUUGGAAGAGGUGCAACAAAAAAUUUUGGCCAGAGGAGAUGUAUCGGUAGAGGAUGAGAUUGCAGAUUUGGUAUUUGUGCAGUCUUACAUUCCAAAGACACUAGACGAUGUUAAGAACGCCGAGGAGGAUGUUCAACGGUUAACAAGUGGGAAAGACACUGGAGAUUUAUACUAUCAGACGAUUACUGGACUUAAACACGCUCUCACAAUAACAGAACCUUCCCUGCAAAACAACCAGCAAAAGCAAAAAUCAAAUACCAUAGAAGAUUCACGUGUCAUCUCCGAUGGUAAAUCUAACAUCUUAGAAGGUGAUGUCGAGUCUCAAUCCGACGAAAGCGAUUCUGAAGAGUUUUCAUCUUCUGAAAGCGACCCAGAUACUCCUCUUGAUAAGAAAGCUGCAAAGAAAGAAGCUAGGAAAGAAAAUAAAAAGAAGGUGAAAGAAGAGAAAAGAGAAUCAAGGAAAACUAAAGUCCCUAAGGCUGUGAAGAAAAGAAAGAAGAAGAUGUCUAAAGCACACAAAACCAGAUAGACAAUAAUUAUUUGUAAUGGCUAAUGUGAUGUAGCUUUUGGAUUUUCUAGAUAAAAGUUAUAAUUCAGGAAAAUAUAUAAAAAAAUCGUAAUUUUGUUUUCUAAGCAUAUUUAAGGUGAGGUAUCUAAGUGGUGUUGUUUCUUAUUUGCAAAAUGUUGUUAGAAAUAAAAUGAUAAAAAUAUCAUCCCAUGAUAGAGAUGAAUUUUGGAAUUAUUACAAUACAACCGGUUGAGUCGAAGGGGUUAACAAGAAAA